CUUAUUGUUGGCUUCUUCUUCUUCGACAACACACCUCAGACAAGCAUGGCUGCGAGCAAACAGUGGGGAAGGAGCGAGUACUGGGGUCUGAGCUAUGCCUGGGACCUGCAAUGGCAACUCAACGACCGACAGAAAUCCAUCCAGAAACAACUAAUCGAAGUCUGCCGUACGGUCAUACGUCCACAUGCCAUCGAGUGCGAUGCAUCAUACAUCUAUCCCCGGCAGAGCAUGGAAGCGUUGGCUGGGCUCGGACUGCUGGGGUUGCUCGUACCGAAAUCACUGGGAGGCAUGGGCGAGAAUCACACGACAGCGGUGAUGGUGUGUGAAACUAUCGCCCGCUACGGUUGCUCUAGCACGGCAAUGGUGUACGAUUUAAAGAGGUGA